AUAUAAUUCAUGGGUACUCAAGCAAGUGCUUAAAGAUUAAAAGAUAGACAAAUCAAUCAAUAAUAAUCAGAUUAUUCAAUAAAAAUACCAUCUUAGUAAAGAUAUUUUUAAGAAUAGAUAAAUGCACAAUGAGGAAUAAUAAUAAUCUUUGGAGGAUCAUUAUUAAAAUUAAGUACUCAAACAUCUCUAUUAUUAGUUUUAUUUGAAGAAUCAUCCCUAUUAAUCAUAAAAGCGAUAUAUCUUAAAGGCCCUUAUAUUAUUUCUGAUAAGAUAAAUAAUAUUACUGACAAUCUUUAUAAAUUUUUGUUAAGAAGACUUAAUCACCCCCUAUUUUAAAAUUGAAUUAUUUGGAUUUGCAUUCUUAACAUACUAAUUGUUAGUUAUUUUGACUAGAUACCCAUUAUUUUAAAAUGUAAUUUAUUCAAUUUAUAUGUUAUCAGUCACCAUUAUCCUAUGCAAUAUUCAUUAUAACUUUGCUUAUUGAACCAUAUAUAUUGUACUGCUUAUAUGUUCAUAUCAAUAUUAUAGGUAUUAUUAUAUUUAUUAAUAAGACUCAAGUGUCAUUUUUUAUCUUUUGUUUAUGCGAUUUUUGAGUAGCUUUUUUUCUAUUAUUGCUCAAAUAAUAUAUCUUUGUUUUUCAAAUGUUGCUUUAAAUAUGAAAAGUAUUUAAUAAUAAUUAUCUAAGGGGCUUUAAUUUAUUAUGUAAUUGCUGCCUUUGCUUUUGGCAAAAUUGUGUUUUCAUAUUUUGACUCUCGUCUAGAUAUAGGCGCAAUGGUUGUAUUAAUGUUAUCAGUUUAAAUAAUAGCUUUAUCAGGAUUUUUGAUAAAUUUAGUGACAAAGUAAAUGUUGGAAGGAAGAGUAAAAUAUAAUUAUAAAUUGUAGUUUUAUAUUAAAAUAAAUUAAAUCUGUGGAAUAACAAAUGCUUAUUAAUUUGGUCUUUCCUUCCCAUGCAAUUUUUGAAUAGAUGAAAAUAUCAAUUUAAAAUGAAUAUUAAUAAAUAAUGAAC